UUUUCUUCAGUCUGCCAUUGAGUUCGUUUGCCUCGAAUAACCCGCGUAGGACACUCAAAAAUUCUCCGCGAUUGUGAAUUUUGUUUUUUAUAAUAAUUCUCCGUGAUUGUGACUUUUUUCUUGUCUAUUUGUAGUAAUUUACAAAUUUUUGUAUUUAUUUUACAAAAUAGUGAAAUUAUAUAAAUUUUUUCUUUGAAAAAUUGUGCAUCUAUUUGAAUUUAUCAUUUUUCGUUUAAAUUACAUUUUUUGAAAUGUCACGUGCUAUUUUUUGUGAGUGUAAAUUUGUGUGAGUUGAAUUAUUUUUUUUUUUUGGGAAAAUACAUUUAGAAAACAAAAGGUAACCAAGAAUUGAAUUAUUAUGCAUUUUUCUAUUCCGUGAAAGUGACAAGAAGCAAAAAAUUGACGAUCAUCUAAGAAGAAAAAAUUACCUUACGUUUUGUGUGACGAAAUGACAGCAAUUUUACCGGAAUUGGUGGUACGCCGACCAGUUUACCAGCAAGAUGAAUUGCAUCGAAUUGGACAGUAUUCACAAUCUCAAACACCACUUUCAGAGAAAUUAUCAAAUAAGUGUAAAGACUUUGAGGUAAAAGCAUGUAUAAAAAAAACAGUGCCCAUUGUAGACUGGCUUUACAAUUACGAAUGGAAACAAAAUAUACUGGGCGAUACAAUUGCGGGACUCACAGUGGCUGUUAUGCACAUUCCACAAGGAAUGGCAUACGCAAUCUUGGGCAAUGUACCCCCAAUUGUCGGAAUUUACAUGGCAUUCUUUCCAGUAUUAGUAUACUCAAUUUUCGGAACUUCUAGACAUAAUUCAAUGGGCACAUUUGCAGUGAUAUGCAUGAUGACUGGAAAAGUAGUAUUAAAUCACGCGACAUUUCCUCCAGACACAAAUAAUAGUACAAUAGUUAAUAAUAAUACUUCGAAUCUUAAUCCAGAGAAUAUACAAUAUACUCCAACGGAAGUUGCUGCAGCAGUUACAUUCAUGGUGGCUCUUAUGCAGUUGGGAAUGUAUAUUCUACGACUGGGUGUCAUUUCCUCUCUAUUGUCCGAAACUUUGGUCAGUGGUUUUACAACUGCAGCCGCCGUUCAUGUACUCACAUCCCAAAUAAAGGAUAUUUUUGGUCUACAGCUACCGAAACGGAAAGGACUCUUCAAAGUUAUUCUCACAUAUGUGGAUAUUUUUACUCAGAUAGAAAAUAUUAAUUAUGCAGCUACAAUUCUUUCUGCAAUUACAAUGAUUGCACUUGUGAUAAAUAAUGAAGUAUUAAAGCCAAAAUGCGCAAAGCGCUGCCCAAUUCCAGUUCCAAUCGAAAUGAUUGUUGUUAUUUUUGGAACAUUAUUAUCAGUCUAUAUGAAAUUACCAGAAAAUUAUGGAAUUAUAACCGUUGGCUCCAUACCUGUCGGUUUACCAGAACCGAAAUUACCGUCGUUUAGUUUAUUGGAAGCAGUUGCCUUGGACAGUUUUGUGAUAACAAUGGUGACAUAUACCAUUUCAAUGUCAAUGGCAUUAAUAUUUGCUCAAAAGCUCAACUACGAUGUCGAUGCUAAUCAGGAAUUAUUAGCGCAGGGGCUUGGAAAUCUUGCAGGAUCAUUUUUUUCCUGUAUGCCUUCUUGUGCCUCUUUAUCGAGAUCAUUAAUUCAACAGAACGUGGGAGGACAAACUCAGCUCGCAAGUUUUAUUUCUUGUAGUAUUUUAUUGAGUGUUUUACUCUGGAUUGGACCAUUUUUCGAACUCCUACCAAGAUGCAUUCUUGCCGGUAUUAUAAUAGUGGCUUUGAAAGGGAUGCUGAUGCAAGUGAAGGAAUUUGUAAAAUUUUGGAAAAUGUCAAAAGUUGACGCUGGAAUUUGGAUGAUGACAUUUUUGAGUGUUGUAAUUUUGGACGUUGCCUAUGGACUUUUAACUGGUGCAAUAUUGUGCAUUGGAAAUUUAUUGACACUGACAAUGAAGCCUUAUACUUGUAAAUUAGCCCUUAUUCCUGGUACUGAAUUCUACUUGGACGUGAAGAGAUUCAAAGGAACAGUUGAAGUGCCUGGAGUGAAAAUUUUACACUAUUGUGGAGGUUUAAAUUUUGCCUCGAGACAACAUUUUCGCAAAAUAGUCUACAAAAUUGCCGGAAUUGUUCCACAGAAGGAAUUAACGUUAAGACUAAAAAUUUCAGAGAGAAGUUGUACAGAAUCAACAAAUAAGGACGGAUAUUCGAAUGUUGGUUUUGAAGGGGACACGUGCAACUCCCAAGAAGCUUCUUCUGUUUCUGGAAUGCCGUACACCAACAAAUUAAAAGUCUUAAUCCUAGACUUUUCGGCCUUGGUCCAUAUUGAUCCAGCGGGUGUGGCAAUGCUUCGGUCUUUGGUUGAAGAAUAUAAAAAAAUCGAAGUUUCUCUAUACAUUUCCGGAUGUUCAGGUCCGGUUUUCGAUACGAUAAGAAAAUGUGAUCUUGUGGAGAAAAAAGAAUGUUAUUUUACAUUGUUUCCAACUGUAAAUGACGCCGUUAAUUACGCACAGCAUAAAGGGGAUAUAUUACCAGCAAAUAUCUGGAGAUCUUAUCAAGAAACUCUAGAUGAAAAUUCUAUUAGCAGAUUGUAAAUAAAUUUCAUCGUUUUAUAAUCAUUUUAA